CAAAUCAGUUGAAAAUUUUUUAAGCCAGAAGUCGCAUGUCAUAAAAAUUAAAAUUUCAUUUUUUUUAUUUUCUCAAACUCCUCCUCAAUAAAAAAAAAACUCCUGUCAAGUUUCUUCUUAUCUUCGUUGUGCAAUCAUAUUAAGCAGAUUAAAUUUAUAAAUAAAAUAUAACGGAUAUCAAAUUUAAAAAAUGAAUACUGAAAAUCAAGAUACUAAUGCUGUGUCAAAGGAACAAACGGAAGAGAAACAAAAACCACAAGUGGAAUCGCAAAAAGUUACACCUCUUCCGGUGUCCAGUAUUAACGCUUUUAAUACUGAGGAAUUUCUAGCGCGUGUCAAUAUGAAUGAGAAAAUUAACUAUUUGCUCAGGUCACCCACUAAAACACCAAAUGGCACUCGUCAACGUUCGGUAUUUACCUCAAUAACAGCUCCAUCCCGUUUUAAUGCCAGCGCUGCACCAUUUGUCUCACAACAACAUCGCAUUUCUGGAUCAAGCGGUAUGACACCUAAAGACACAUCAACACCAUCCAGCUCCAUGCCAACAAGACAAAUGCCGAUACCGGUGCAUAUGAGCUCUGCGUCACCGCAUCACUAUGGCGGUUAUGAGUCGCCUAUUACUGGUCGUAGUGGUGGCAUGACACGUGGUGUUUUUAAUACACGUUAUCCGGUGGCACCACCACCUUCACCCAUUUAUGGUUUUGAAAAUGAUAUUUGUAGGAUGCCGACCACCCUAUCACCUUCACCUCAUGCUCAACAGUUUCCCCAGCCCAUGCCGCCACCACCUUAUGCUGUUGGCCGUUUGAGUGCCAGUCAUCGCGGAGGCGUUGAAUAUAAGAAUCCUACACCACCACCCUGUCCAGGUGCUGGACCAAUAGCCAUGACUAAUGGCACAAUACAGUUGCGUUUACGUGAUGGCAUACGCAUCGAUAUGACUUUGGAUAAAGCUGUAAGAGUUUUGAAUCAACGCAGUAUGGUGGCCAUUGCCUUGUCUCGAAAUUGUAGCAAUACGGCUUUGAUUCAUCCCAAUGGACGUAUUUUACAAAGUGGUUCAAAAGUUGAGAUUGUCACAUAUGAUGGCAUGAAGACUAAUAAUUAUGUUCGUUAUGCCAAGAUGUGGUACAAAGGUGUCAGUUUUACCAGUGAAUCGUGUGCUUUAAUCUAUUUAGUGGAUACAGCUGGUACUCGCACCACUACCGAUACUUUUACAGAUUUAACCAAAGACUAUACACUAACAGUUUUCUAUGAUGACUCUCGUCAUGGUCCUUCUUAUGUUCAAGAUGCUAAUGAAGUAAUUCAAAACUCUUCUUACACCUGUACCGAUGAGGGUACUGAAAUAUAUGACAUCAAUGGUUUUCGCAUUACUCAAGCUGCUGAUGGUCUUGUCAAAUUAACGCGUAUCCAUAGCAAAUGUCUUAUACGUACUAGUCCCGGUAAUGGUUCGGCUACUUUGACUACACCUGGUAUUCACUGUACCGCCUCGUUGGGUAAAACUUCACAUUUAUUUGUCAGGCGCAAUGAGAAACGUAUGCAUUUUGAUGGUUCCUGUUUCAUUGUUCGAAAUGCUGGACAUUCUGCCGGUUUUAAUGAAAAUAAUUUGCUAAUUGUAUAUUGAAUAUAUACAAAUAAAAUCGAUUUAAAAAAAUUUUUCAAAUGUUGCUAGAAAGAAGAAAAGAAGUCUGAGGAUGCUACACAAAAUUAAUUAUUGCUGUGAUACAUAAAACUAAACUAAUUGCAAAAAACAGAAAAAAUAAAUUCAAUUAAUUGUCGUCAUAAUUUUCAAAUGUUUUACCAAAAAAACAAAAACAAAUUAAGUUCUCGAAAGUGUGUUAUCAAAAUUACCUGUAAUAUUAAGUUUUCUAUUUAAGCAAUUCUCCCACGCAUAAACUCCCUAAACUAUAAAAUAGAACUAUAAAACUAAAUACAAAGUAGUGCAAGUAAAAGAAUACAAUGUUAAUGAUAUAAUGAAUUGGAAAAAAGUUCUAAAAGCUGUUGUAUUGAAAACGGAGCUAAUCACAAAGAAAAUAUCAAAAAAGCAAACCCUAACCGACCCUUCUACACACCUCAAAACCCAACAAAAUCAAACAA